UUCUGAAGACCACUCAGAAGAGCCUGAAAAACUUAAGGAAGAGGAUAUUCACACCAUGGUUGAAAAGAUCAAAAAGUAUACCACACUGUAUGACUUGAGAAUGGAAGACUUUGAUGCAGAUGUUGUGGAAGUAAUUAAAACAUUCUUGACAACUCCAGAAGAUUUAUUGACAAUCUACUACGAUGAGGAUACACUUCAAGCGGGUCUGACUUUUCCGGACGUAGAAGUUGAUGACAUUAUGUAUUUUUUAAAAGAAGAAGACGAGAAUGGAGGUUUGAAACAGCUUACACCAGAAACGUUUUCAUCAUCUAUUAUAUUUGGAACGAUGGACUCCCCAGUAGAGGGGUCGCUUUUGAGGGUCUUGGAAACGGUUUUUUGUCCACUUUUCAUCAACACAACAUCUUGGCCUGAUAGUGUGAAGAAUGACUUCUGUUCAAAUCUGAACUCGUUCCUGAGUCACCUGACUGACACGAGGUACAAGAUAGCAGGUUUGACGGCUCUCUACAUUCCGAAAAUCGCCACUCGUAUGUCCCUGUCUGUGGCUAUAAGAGACAGGCGGUUCAUCAAACGUAUUGAAGGCAAGUGGUUCAGCCAAAUACUGUUAGUGAUUAACCAUUAG